AUGCACUUUGCGUACCCUCCUAAUCUAUCGAUCGAUCCGGUCGGGUCGAACCAGCAAAGCAGCUGCACGUGCAAACACCGGCCUGGGCGCCGUUUACAGAUGGUAAUUACUUCUUCCGCUCCCGGGAUUAGGCUCCAAGGAAAUAUCGGCAAGAUCACAUCCACAGCCUUCGCAAGGCAACAAAAUUGCAAGCGAUUGCUGACAAACAGGUCGAUUUCGACCGAUCUCCUCCGCAUAUGUGGUUCUCUGCUGCCCUUGCCGCUUCUCCUCCCAUCCUCCUUGUCCUCGGGCGCACGGGGAAACGACGCCGGCGAGAUGGCUCCUCCCCGCGCGGUGAUCUGCGUGGGUGACGUCCACGGGUACAUUUCCAAGCUGGAGAGCCUCUGGGCGAACCUCCGGUCCGCGCUCCCCGCCGACGCCUUCGCCACCGCGCUCGUCAUCUUCCUCGGGGACUACAACGACCGCGGCCCGCACACCCGCCGCGUCCUCGACUUCCUCCUCGCGCUCCCGGCCCGCCACCCGGCUCAGCGCCACGUCUUCCUCUGCGGCAACCACGACCUCGCCUUCGCCGCCUUCGUCGGAGCGCUGCCGCCGCCCCCCGACGGCUCCCCUUUCGCCGCCACCUGGGCCCAAUACAUCGACAACGAGGCCCACGAGGGAUGGUUCCGCGGGCCGGGCCACGAGGACAUGCACGUGCAAGGGAGGAGAUGGGGCGGCGUCAUCAAGGAGAGGUGGAACCCCAAGAAGGGCCUCCCGUACAAGGGCUCUAUCUACGAUGCUCAGCCCACCUUCGAGUCCUACGGCGUCGCCCAUGGAUCACCAGAUCUCAUGAAAGCUGUGCCUGAGGAGCACAAGAAGUUUCUGCAUGACUUGGUUUGGGUCCAUGAAGAGGAAGACGUUCGUAUUGAUACAGAUGGAGGCCAGAUUCUAUGCAAACUGAUCGCGGUUCAUGCCGGCCUGGAAAAGUCCUUGGAUUUGAAUGAGCAGCUUAGAGUUUUGAGAACUAGAGACACAAGUGUUCCAAAAGUUCAAAUGCUUAGCGGGAGGCAGGAUGUUUGGAACAUACCACAGGAUCUGGCCGGCAAGCAGACCAUCGUUGUAAGUGGGCAUCAUGGGAAGCUCCACGUGGACGGUCUCAGGUUCAUCAUCGACGAAGGUGGCGGGUACGCAGAUAAACCUAUAGCGGCCGUUGUUUUCCCUUCGAAGGAAGUGAUCAGGAGCACAGAGGGAACGGCGUCCCAGAAUUAA